CAUGCGCGAAAGAGUACGGCGAGACCCGGCUGCUGUGGGCGGCCCCGGCUUAAGAUAGUUGAGCCAAGAUGCAGGACCCCAAUGCUGACACUGAGUGGAAUGACAUCUUACGCAAGAAGGGCAUCUUGCCCGCGAAGGAAAGUUUGAACGAAUUGGAAAAGGAGACAGAAGAGGAAAAACAGCGAGGCCUUCAGCAGUCAGUUGUGAAAACAUAUGAAGAUAUGACUCUGGAGGAAUUGGAGGACAAUGAAGACGAGUUUACUGAGGAAGAUGAGCGCGCUGUUGAAAUGUACAGGCAGCAGAGACUGGCUGAGUGGAAAGCAGCUCAGCUGAGGAAUAAGUUUGGAGAAGUCUUGGAGAUCUCAGGAAAGGAUUAUGUUCAGGAAGUUACCAAAGCCGGAGAGGGUUUGUGGGUAAUCUUGCACCUUUACAAACAAGGGAUUCCCCUCUGUGCCCUGAUAAACCAGCACUUCAGUGGACUUGCCAGGAAGUUUCCCAACGUCAAGUUUAUCAAAGCCAUUUCAACAACCUGCAUACCCAAUUAUCCUGAUAGGAAUCUGCCCACAAUAUUUGUUUACCUUGAAGGCGAUAUCAAGGCUCAGUUCAUUGGGCCUCUCGUGUUCGGUGGCAUGAAUCUGACAAUAGAUGAGUUGGAGUGGAAAUUGUCUGAAUCUGGAGCAAUCAAGACAGACCUGGAGGAAAACCCUAAGAAGCCAAUUGAAGACGCCUUGCUGUCCUCGGUGCGUAGCUCCAUCCCCAUGAGCAGGGGCAGCGACUCGGAGGAUGACUGAGACUGCGCCAUUAACGUGAUGCGCGUCCUUGAUGUGACAGAUCAUCUGGAUUUUUUUAAAAAAGGAAAAAAGUAGGACUGAAUCCUUUGGAAGCCUUUUCUAAUUAUGUUUCAAAUCUCAUAGAUCUCAGGAAUAAUCAUUGCUGGGAAUCCUAUUGAAUUUCUUAGAACUCUUUUUAAAUUAAUAGCAUUUUCUUAAUAAAAACCAGCUGUUGGUAUGGCA